UCCACCCUCCAUGUGAGUGCUGGCUACAGUGGUGAGGACAUAAGACGUCAACCAGGAUUAUCAUCCCUCCUGUCUAAUACCGUCUGCAGUUCUACCACGCGGCGGCACUCUCUACCACCACCACACUACCACCACAACCACCACACUACCAUCACUACCACCACAAUGUUCCGCACGUCGAGGCUCCGGGUGCACACGUGCAAGAUCGUGCUGGUGACGUCGUUGGUGUGGUUCGUGAUGGACGUGGCGGUGAUCAUGUACUACAGCGACUGCUCGACGGGGUCCGGCUGGGGGUGUGGGCGAGCGGAGGCCGUGUCUGUGGGGGACGGCCGCACCGACCACCACAAGGGCCGCGCCAUCAGGAACCACCACUCUGAGAAUGAAGACGUCGAUCUCUCCGGGUGGCAUCUGGACUACCCGCCGGGGGAACUGAAGCGGUGGGUGUCCAAGCCGACGGUGCAGGAGCAGCCUGGUAAGCCCGGGGAGAUGGGCAAGCCUGUGAGAACCCCGCCGGACCAGGAGGCGAUCAUGAAGGAGAAAUUCAAGCUCAACCAGUUCAACCUCCUCGCCUCGGACUCCAUCAGCCUCAAUAGGUCCCUUCCCGAUGUUCGUCUAGAGGGGUGCAAGACCAAGAUGUACCCGCCCCUCAUGCCCACCACCUCCAUCGUGAUCGUCUUCCACAACGAGGCGUGGUCGACGCUCCUCCGUACCGUGUGGUCCAUCAUCCAGCGCUCCCCGCGAGCCCUCCUGCAGGAGAUACUCCUCGUCGAUGACGCCUCAGAGAGAGAUUACCUGGGGAAGGAGCUGGAGGAGCACGUGAAGACUCUGCCGGUGCCCGUGAGGGUGCUGCGGACGGUCGAGCGCUCGGGCCUGAUCCGCGCGCGCCUGCUGGGAGCCAAGGAGGUCACGGGUCAGGUCAUCACCUUCCUGGACGCCCACGUGGAGUGCACCGAGGGCUGGCUCGAGCCUCUUCUGGCUCGCAUCGCCGAGGACAGGACUCGUGUGGUGUGUCCAAUUAUUGAUGUCAUCUCUGAUGAAACCUUCGAAUAUGUAACGGCUUCAGACAUGACUUGGGGCGGCUUCAACUGGAAACUAAACUUUAGAUGGUACCGAGUUCCUCAGCGAGAGAUGGAGAGACGAGGGGGCGAUAGAACCCAACCACUGAGGACACCUACUAUGGCUGGUGGAUUAUUUGCCAUUGAUAAGGAUUAUUUUGAAAAGAUUGGCCGCUAUGAUGAAGGAAUGGAUAUAUGGGGAGGAGAAAAUCUGGAAAUGUCAUUUAGGAUCUGGCAGUGUGGAGGCACGCUAGAGAUCAUCCCCUGUUCACAUGUGGGCCAUGUGUUCCGCGACAAGUCACCUUAUUCCUUCCCUGGAGGAGUUGUCAACGUGGUCAUGAAGAAUUCGGCCCGUGUGGCUGAAGUCUGGAUGGACGAGUGGAGGGACUUUUUCUUUGAGAUGAAUCCAGGUGCACGAAGCGUUGAUUAUGGUGAUGUUAGUUCCCGCCGAAAAUUACGGAAAGACUUGAAGUGCAAGAGCUUCCGAUGGUUCUUGGAAAACAUUUACCCAGAGUCUCAGAUGCCUCUGGAUUAUUACUACUUAGGAGAGAUUCGAAAUGCAGAGACGCAGAGCUGCUUGGAUACUUUAGGUCGCAAGAGUGGAGAGAAUCUUGGCACCAGUUAUUGUCAUGGCCUAGGUGGCAACCAGGUGUUUGCUUACACAAAGAGGCAACAGAUUAUGUCCGAUGACAACUGUCUAGAUGCCUCCAACCCUAGUGGGCCGGUGAAGCUUGUGCGUUGUCACGGCAUGGGUGGUAACCAGAUGUGGACUUAUAAUGAUCAGGAUGGAUCAAUUCGCCAUGUAAACUCUGGGCGAUGCUUACAAAAGCCUGAUGCUCGGGAUGUUACCCUGCCUGUCCUCAAACCGUGUGACGGCUCAGUAACUCAACAGUGGAUUAUGAAUGGCUCUUUUAAAUGGCAAGCCAAUUAAUUUGUGGUCUGUGUAUUUUUUAUUAAGUGAAUUGCUUUUUUUUGUUUGUUUUUUUACAUGAAAUGAUGCAAAGUGAUGGUUUUGUGUUCAGUACAGUAUGCAGUAAAUGCUCCAAUACCCAGAACUCGGUGAUGCUUUAUGGGAUUAUCAUCAACAGGGUUUUAGAGCUAGGUCUAAUAUUUUUGUGAUUUCAAGUGAGAACAUAGAUCAUAAAUGUUCAGAAUUUGUAAACUAAGCGUAUUUCUAUCAUGGUUGUGAAUGACAGAUUGUUACUUAAUUGAUGCCCAGUUAAAGAUGUUGCAAGAAAUACUUCUGUAACUGGAAAUUACAACAAAAAUACCAUCCAUGAUGAAGCUAGAAAGGUUUUAUCAUUUGUACUUAAUGUGAACUUUAAUGAUAGCCAAGAAAGCAUAUAUAAAUUGUGCUGUCUGUAGAUAACAUACAAAUUUCUGUGUAAAACAAGAAAAUGUAGCUUUGUACAAACUGCUAAAGUCCUUUACCCUGAUGUUUAAGUGUACUUUAUAAAGUUAGGCAUUUUGUGAGCCUAACACAGCAUUUAAGAAUCAUGUACAUACUGACAUGGAUUUUGUGAGAAAUAGAAAAAAUUCAGUAGCUAGUACCAGCCAGUUUGAUAUAAAGGCUAAUCAGGGAAUUUAUUAACUAUAUGAAGUGUCUGUGAGUAAAAAGCACAAGAAAACGAUGCUACUUGCCUCGAGCAAAUAUACCAUGAAAGAGGUGCUAAUUUAAGGGAGCAGCACUGAAAUAUAGUAGACUGCUUGAAGUUGUUCAGGCAUAGUCGACUUCAGCUCGAGUAAACUAUAUAUAUUGUAAAUAUGACAUUAUCCCAUAACUUCCAGAGUUAUAUCUUCCUGUAUGAUCUGUCCAGGUGAGAAUGUGAAAUCAGUGCCUUCUAAGAAAUCCAGAGAAGGUUUUUUAUAUAAAAAUGUCACACCUGGUAUAGUGGUAUAGCGAAAGGGCAAUGUUGCUUAUUACAUUACUGGUAAUAUCCUCCUUAAACCGAGAGCUCGAUUGAUAUGCUAUGUAGAAGGCUCAUUGGUAGCUGGUAAUAUGCUGGAGAAAGAGUUCGUUUGUUGUACAGUAAUAUGCUGAGGAGAGAGCUUAUUUAUCUUAUGUUGGAGAGCUUGUCUGAUAAUUGCUAUUGCUGUAGAGUAGGAAGCUUUUCACAUAGAACAUCAAUGAGCUGGUGUGUUUUUCAGUUUGUAAUUAUUUUUAUACAUGUAUAGUUACUUUAUAUGCAUUAAAAUUCUGUGCUAGAUGUAUGGUUAAUCAGACUUGUGGAGGGAAUGAUGUAAAAUUAUUAUUACCAAUAUAGGGUGCAGUAGCUUAAGGCCCAUGUUCUGUAUUAACAAGCAAAUGGUAAAUGGGGUAAAUUCUUUACAGUUAACUCUAUAUUAAAUGUUUGUUAUAAACCUUUGUAAGAUUCAGGUGAUGGCAAUAUUAGCUAUAUAUAUAUUUAACUAAUUAAUUUUGUGUAGACAUGGCUCUUUCCUCAGAACAGCAUUUAUUGUACAGUCUAUUUAACUCAAUUUUAGCUUAUCAGCCUAUCUUUAUUGCUGUAUGUACAGACCUGUAUGCCUUUAAAAAUUGAUUGAACUUCCAGUACAUUAUAAUUCAAGACUCCAUCAUAACUGCAGGCUUAGAAUUGUCAUAAUCUUUUUCUUAGAUGUGGCAAAACCCCAUUUGGUUUAUUUUAGAUUAAAAAUCUUGGUAUUGGCCAUGAGCAAUUGUGAUUAUUACUUGAUAAAUAAAAGAUUUGGGUAAAUUUACAUUUUAAGUGCAGUUAAUGAGAUUCCAAGUUAAACAAGAGCAGUAUAUACUGUAGUAUGUGUUCCAGUAUAGGCAAAUGCAUAACUAUUCCAGGUGGUUAGGUAGGGUCUGUUUUAAUGGCGUGGUCAAGCUGUGAUACCUGCACAAGGCUAACAGGCACAUCAAAUUUUAUUGGUUAAUUGUAUGGAGUAUCUCUUAAACAUUCCCAAGAACAUAUUGGACUAGUUUAGUAUACUACCAGAUGCACUUCGUAAAAUUGUUAGCUCGUAAUUUGCUCAAAAUUGUAAAAGUUUGUUUUAUUCUAAGGCAUUGUACUACGAUACACUGCAGUUGCAAGUAAUGGCUCGUGUUUUUAAUCGAUUGUUGGAUACCAUUAUGCAAGUUUUGAGCUUGUGUCAGUGAAUUGCUGCAAGUAACUCCAUUUUGAUUUUCAUAUGAUAAAAUUGUGACAAUGAAAGUGGAGUAUGAGUUAUUCUUGGAAUUAAAUAAUGUAAUUUUUUAUAUCAAAUAUCUUUUCCAUUGUUUUCUUACAUGGGAUCAAGGGAUAAUUUAUCACCAUAUCAAACUCUCUCGAUUAAACAAGCAUGUGUGUGAGAAAUAACAGUGCUGAGGAUUGAAUAGUGGAGAGGGUUAUAAUCAUGAUGCAUUAUUUUAGUUAACAUUGCAGGUUAAUUGCCGGUUGUUAUUAAGUCAUUUAAAAAGUUUCUACAACAUAACAUCCAUGUAUUAUUCACAGCACCUAUAAUUUUUAGCUAAGACUGUCAUAAUUCCUUUGUCACUAAGAUAUGACACAAUAAUUAUUUUGAACAUUCAUUGGUGGAGGGAUAUUACUUUAAAAUGGGUUUAAUAUAGUUUUAUAAUAUGGUGGUGGGUGCUUCUUGUUACUUCAGUGUUAGGUUCAUAAGUGUAGCGCAUUAAGUUUCAACAGCAUCUUUAGUAGAGAAGUUUUAUUAGUUAUAAUGACCAUGAAACCCUGAACUGAGGCUGUGAAGCUCUUGAAGAUUAAUGCAAUUUAAUUCUUUGUAUAUUUUAAUGAAUUGAUGCAUAAUUAAAUACUGUAAUUGAUUCCCAGAAAAAUGGAAGUCUGUGCAGCGUGUGCGUGUGUGUGCGUGUGUUCGUGUGUGUGCGUGUUCGUGUGUGUGUGUGUGUGUGUGUGUGUGUGUGUGUGUGUGUGUGUGUGUGUGUGUGUGUGUGAGGGGUGCAUGCUUGUACCACUCGUGUAAUUGUACUUGUGGGAAAUGAGCUUCACUUAUUUGGUCUCGCCCACAUCACUUCACUUUAUAAGAGUAUUUUCUUUGUUCACAACUUUUGCAAUUUUUUUUCCAAAUGUGUCUAUGGCACAUUCGGGCACUUUAUUUCUAUUUGUAUGCCCUUGCUUGUGUCAACCCUUGUCUUCCCUGCCUAUUCCUCUUAGUAUUUUGUGUGUGGUAAUCAUGUGUCCUCAUUUCUUCUCAUCUAUUGACCAGUGAUGAUAUAAUUCCUUUAAUCUUUCCUCUAAACCUGCACCUCUCAGUUCUGAGACUAGUUUAUUGUAAUUGCCUAAGUGUAGUUAUAUGAUGAAAGCUACUCUUGUGGUGUUCCGUCUUCCUUGUAAGCUUUGUCAUAUGACGAUAUGAAGCUUCCAGUGGUAUUGUCAUCCACUACCCCUCUCAUUUAAUAUAUUCCAUUGGUGUAACACUGUUUGCAAUAAGAACUUUUGCAUGUUUUUCAACACUUUUUUCUCUUAGCUUGAAUCUCUGGUCUUUCAUUCUUAAAGUUGUGGGUUUAAAAAAAUUCUAUUUGUCAACUCUGUCAGAUCAGGAAGUCUUUGUAUUAGGUCAGGAAAGCAUGUAAUAGCAUGUCUCUGCAUCAUUUCUAAUUUAUUGGUAUACUUUUUAAAAUUUGGAUACAAAAUUUGAGACUCAAAUUAGUAUAUGUAUUUUUCAUGAAUAAUUACUGUAGUAUUUCUUCAGCCAUGAAUUUGAAGAUGAUUCUGAAAUUGCCAAGUGUAGUGUAAGCUUUCUUAACUGUAUUAACUUGUUCCACACUCCAUUACAUUGAAUUUAUCCAAAUUGACUUGUAUUUGUCUUGUGUUCAUACAUGCAUGUGUGUGUGUGUGUAAUUGCCUAAAUAAUUAAGUGUAGUUACAGGAUGGGAACUAUGCUGAGGGGUUGUCCUGUCUUCCUUAUAAUUGUUAUAUGGUGCUUUAAAACUGCUGAUGCUUAUGGUAUUCACCACCUCACUUAAAUUGUUUCAACCCAACUGUUUGUAAUUUUUUUUUUUUCUUUUUUUUUUCUCCACCUUUAUUUCUUUAGCUUAAAUCUUGUUCUUAAAGCUGGAGAUUUAAAAAUUCACUGUUCAAUUCAAUUUAAGUUCACUGUCACUAUUUUGUAAGUGGUGAGCAUAUCUCCUCUUUUUCCUUAUAUCUUCCACUUUGGCAUAUUUAACACCUUUAGCAUCUUCUCAUAGCCUUAGUUUUUUUUUUAAUUCCAUAUGCCAUUUUAGCAGCAUGUCUUUGUAACCUUUCUAGUGCAUUGAUAUCUCCAUGAGAUACAGACACCACAAAACUGCUGCAUAGUCUCUCAAUUUCACUCUCUCAAAUGUUAUGAAAAGUUAUAGCAUUUUUCUAUCCAUAUACAGCAUUUAAAUGUGAUUCUGAUACUUGCUACAGUAACAUAAGCUCUUUGCACAACUACUUUGAUGCGUUAGUGUAUGUAAGUGCGAGAAAGUAUGUAUGUAAAUUCAUGUUCACAAUGCUUAAUUGUGUAUGUCCACAUGUAUGCAUAUACAGUAUGUAUAUAUUAAUAUACACAAGUAUAUGCACAUCUUUGUUUACAUGAAUGAACAUGUUUUGAUGUUUAUAUGUUGAAACAUUAACUUACACAAAUGCACACCCACACAUGCACAUAAGCAUGCACACACAUGUAUGUAUACACUCAGUAAUAAAUAUUUAUGAAAAGUAUGGCUAAAAAGUGUAAGAGUUGUGAAGCUCUUCCACAGUUUAAUUGCACUACUGUACUAAUAAUCAAUAAUUUUUGUGUAGAUUCUCUUAUUUCUUUAAUCUUGUAUAAUGUAUAUAUAUAUAUUGAUAUAUUUUAUAAAAAAAAAAAAAUUGAAUGUCAUUUUUACUUAGGCUCUCUUCACAUUCCAUUUGUUUUCACUUCCAUGGCAAUUUUUUUUUUUUUUUUUUAUACAUUAUUAUUCUAUAAGUUUCCCAAAGUACAUUAAGAAUCAGUUUAAUAAUUGUUUUAAGUCAGCCAGUAGCUGUAGCUAAUUCUUUUCUCUGUUUUCUGCAAACUAGGACAUAAUUUAUGACUGACAUGUGCCAAGUACUUAGGGAAAAUAAGCUUUAUCACCAUAUACUUACUGCGCUAACAGCAUUGUUAGGUCGGUAUCUUGGAGUGGGGGUUUUGUAGCUUGAUAAAAGUAUGAAUAGGAGUCGAGUAUCUACAAAAGUCAGAAUACACUUGUUUAUGUAUGUACUGUAUUAUAUUCGUGACUUAUAUAUAUCGCUUUAUUAUUCACAGGUACUGGUAUAACUUAAGGUAACCUUACUAGUACCUAAAUUUUAGGCCCUGGACAAUCAGUACUAAAGAGGUCACAUAAAUUAUGUAAAAUAAAUGAGUAUGCAGGUGCAUCUGUCUUUUUCCCAGUGGUAUUCUCAUUAUCUUUUGCCACACAUUUCAUACAUGCCCAUUUCAAUCAUAAUUUAAAUGGCUAUUUUUUAAUCUAAACCUUUAAGUAUUAUUUAUUAUUAUUUAAAGUCUGCGGGAUUGUAAGGUAAAGGUGUCGAAAUUCUUUUGUGGGAUGCUCUUAAAAUUUGUAGAUCCUAAUGUCUAGCGCAUCAAUAACUUGAUUUUACAACCCCACUUUAGCACCUAGUUAUUUAUUGAAGCAUUAGAAACUUGUCCAGAGCAGGUUCUUGCAAACCCCCCCCCCCCCCCCCCCCCUCCAAGUUUUAACAGAUUCAUUUUCAUUGAUACUUGGAAAUCUUUACACAUGCAAAGUAAUUAUUAAUUUGUUAGUUUCAGGUGAGGUAAAUCAGGAGCCGGAUAUCCUGAGAAGCAAAUUUCAUAAUUACUCUAUUGCUUUGCUCUACAUAUGUAGAAAUUGGUAGAAAUUGAUAUUAAAUCAGUGAUGGUAAAUAUUGCUGUAAAAUUACUGAAAAAAUACACACGACCAUGUGUUUACUUUAAAUAUUAAUUACCUGUUUCUUUCCAUAUAGUUUUAAUUUUGAAGUGUGGGACAUAAAGGGCAUAAUAAUUAUAAAGUAAUGAAGACACUAUAUUGCAAGUUGUCUUCUUCCAUGAUGUCUUGAGAAGGAGGGUGUUUGGAUGCAUCAUUGUUAUGUAAGGAGGUUCUUUUGUGAUCCUGGCCAUAUUUGAUGUAUUUUUCUUUACAAACUACUAGCUUUUGUCCCUUAUAUAUUAUAUAUAAUAUAUAUAAUAUAUUUGAAGAACAGUGAAUGAAAUAUUAAUGUUCAAAGGCAAUUGGCUUCAGAAAACAGGCAUAAUUGUCAAAUUGGAUUGGUUAUAUGCUGUAUUUGAAGACGGGAUUCAUAUAGACGUUUAAGGUAAGCCAAGAUUACCAAGUGUCACAUUUUAUUUGUCCUGAAAAAGGUGCUUUGGAAAUGAAAUACAUAUAGGCUCAAAUGAAAAGGUGAAAGUAAAUGUUUAACUGUGUGAUCAUACGAGUCUAUAGAAUGAGUGACUCCAUUUUAUAUAUUAAUGUUGAUUAUGUGGAUGUAAAAAGAGUUCUGAAGUAGUUACAGGUUUUUAAGAAUAAUUAAAUAAAUUUAGCAUAGUAAUUUAAAUGUAAUUGUUUCAUUUGUAAUUUUGUGCAUGGGGUCAAUUUUUUUUUUAUUCUUGCAAAACAAGCCUUAAUUUGUCAGUGAUUUCAUCGGUAACAAUAUAUGAAUCAUAGAGCAACAUGUGACUGUAUGCAUGUGUAUGUAUGUGCGUGUGUGUGCAUGGUGGUGGGAACCUUAAAAUGUUUUUAAUAAAAUGUUUACAGUACA